AACUACGAGCAACCAGAGGUACCGACAGUAAAGGAGGAUCAAGUCGGAAAUCAGAUGCAUAAACUCGCGAACGCCCACGUUUAAAUUUAGUUACACAAGUUGAACACUCCCGAAAUCGAAAAUUCUCAAGUCCCGCCGACAUCUGAUCCAAGGUACUCAGAAAUGGUCAAGCGUUACAAAGGGUCUCGUUCGGUGACGGCCAGCGAUGGCGUAAGUGCUAGUUCCAAGGAUUCCGACCAGGUCUAUUGCGUGCUGCUCCACGUGGUCGAGGCAAUCAACUUCGUGGGCCGAGAUGCCGCCGAACGCGAGCAAAUAGUGAUGAACGCCGCGCUGAACACAGUGGACUUCGAAGUGGAGGGCACCCAGUCGACCGAGAAGGUCAUUUUCAACAGCAACUGCAUCUGGGAGUGCGACAUGGCCGGGAUCAAGCGCAUCAAGACGGACCAUCGUCCCGUCAAGUUGACCUUCUACGCCUGCCGUGGAGGCGGAGCGGAUCGCAAGACGGUAGGAAGCCUGCUGCUGCCCAUACGAGGACUUCCGGUGCUCAGCACUACCGGAAGCCAGAAUUCCCCCCAUCUCAAGAUGCUCUGGCACAAGCUCAUCUGCAUCAGCAGCGAGUUCCGCUCCCACAAGCCGGAAGUCCUGCUCAUGCUGGCCAUCGUCAAGAAGUCCAUUCUGCACACCAAGGACUUUGACCACCUGAUGCAGUUCACUGAGGUGAAGUCGCCGCCCACACCGCCAAUGCAGUCGCCCGGUCACUCGAUAACUGCCAGCAUGCUCCAAUCCCAGGCCAACGUCUAUGUACAGUCGUUGGUGCAACUAGGCCUGCUGCAGGUGGGCAAUGAUCCGCUGGUCGACUGCGACAUUAUCGAGGUGGUGCUGCAGCUGAAGGAGCUGAAGAACGUGAGCCGUCUGGUCAAGUCGGUCAACCAGAGUAGAGAGCCGCCCGGUUCGGUGAUCCUGGUAUUCGACUUUGUGGGCAAUGUAACCAACAUCGAGCUCAAGCUGAACGAGUCCGACUCCUACACCCUCAACGAUGUCCUUGGGUUGCGUUUCAAGACAUCCUUGGCCAGCAUGCGGCUCUACUUCCAGCGCAUCUUCUAUCUGCCCAUCAACAUGUACAUGAACGGAACGGCGAUAGCCAACUACCGCAUGGACUUUGCCAAUCUGCUGCCUCCGGACAACUACUUCGCCGAACACCAAAAGUACACUUUCAACGGCUCCUUUUCAUUUAACCGAUUUGGCAGGACGGACAGCGGUAGGGAACCCAAACCGCCCCUGAUGGAGUACAAUUUUAGUGUGGACUUAAAGACGAUAUUCUCACGGCAGGGACAGGAAGAUACUGAACCAACGCCUUCGGUUGCCAGCGGUGGCAAUCUGGAGAGCGAAGAUGAGCAGUAUCUGGGCCAGACAUUUUCCGCGACGGUAGUUCGUGAGGAUCUUAAUUUAAUUAAGUGUGAAGAGGUUUCCGUGUCAAAAUCAAGGAAAACUGAAACCAUGUCAGAUGAAUCUGAAGUGGAAGUUGCUUCUAAAAAGGUUUGCAAAGUAGUCGAAGAAAUCGAGAAAUCUACGGCCCAGGAACUUCCAAAAUACUAUGCACCCUUGCCAAACAAAGCCAAGCCAAAGUCCGUGGGACCAAAAGAAUUAAUAAGGGAAUCCUCCCAAUUAAAAAUGCAGGGUCUUAAAAACCCUAGUAGACUUUUGCAAGAAAACGAUUCGGAGAAUUGCGAGGAACUGAAUUCCUUAGACUUGUUUGAGCUGGAGGAAAAGAGGCAAGCCAAGGAAGCUGAACUAGAGUCCUUGCGGAGGCAAAGGAUAAAGGCAGGGAGAGGUGAAUCGUUACAAGUGCCAAUGGAUCGCAAGAUAAGGAAAACUCGAAAAGUUGACAAUGAAGUGCUGGGUAAGGAAAGCAGUGUUAAUAUAAUUGAAGAGGACAUUCCAAAAUCUCCAAGUAAAUUCAUCUCAGGAGAUAAAGUAAGGAAUAAAAAUUUUAAAACGAAAUUAAAAACAGAACUGAACGAAGUUCCUUUAACCCAGGAAAGUGCUUCUAAACUACGGAACCAACGCCUUUAUAAAAAACAACAUAAAGAUAAUGGAUUCGUAGAGGAUAGCUACGAAAAGAGUGAAGAGGAUCUUUCAUGUCAUGUUCUCCCUGAUAAUCCAAAUUCCCCUAGGGAAAAGUUAAACAAGAAAUCAAGAGGCACCAGGACCGUGAAAGCUCCAGAGUGCAUGGAUACAGACUUAGAAACAGACAUAAGUGUCCUUAGUCUUCGAAGUAAAUGCAAGACCACAUCAAAAUUACUGCUUCCUGAGGAAUUUGAAGACUUUGAAGAAACGUCCACCAGUACCCAGGGAACCAGAAGACCCAAAACAUCCAAGGAAUCUCUAAACCUUAGAGCCCGUUGGGUGGAGGUCAAUAAGGUGCAGUCGCAAGCCCUGGGAGAAACAGAAAAGUUUCUGCAGGAGACCUGCCCAGCCGAGCUCGACGAGGUCCUUUACGAGGAUCAGCUGGCCCUCGGCCUGGCAAAGCCUCCGAAACCAAAAAAGAAACUGGGAAAAGCCAAGGAAGAAAAGGUCAAAAGCAUCGAUUAUGAAAGUUCCUAUGUGGAGGAAAUUACUUUCAGCCAGUCUGAAGAGAAUCUUCCGGUACAUCAGGUCGAGCUCGCAAGCUCCGAAGAAUAUAUUUCUCUAUCGGAAGGCAACUCAAGAUCAGCUGAAAUGAUUUCUUCAGAAGCAGAACACCGGGAUGUGAGAGUCACCUUUGCUCAAUCGAAAGUUGUAAAGAAGAAGUUGAGAGCUUCUUCAGGCGAGGAUCAGGUAAACCAGGUGAAGCUCAGGACCUCCGAAGAGUGCAUUUCUAUGACUGAUCGUGUUAAGAAAAAGAUGAGGGCUCCGAUAUACGAGGAUCAGGUGGAAUUUAACAGCUCUCAAGAAUUUAUUUACAUGCCAGAGGGUAAUGUAAAAUCCGCAGAGAUUAUAAAUGAAGAUAUUGAACAGCGGAAUGUACGAAUCCUUAAAAAGAAGAAACUUAAGAAGACUUUGGUAUGUGAAGAUCCUGUAAUCCACGAUUCCGAAAUUCCUGAAGAAGAAUUAGUUAAGCCGGUUAAAAAAAAGAUAGUCCGGAAAAAAACAACGGUUAUAUCAGAAAAUUCAGAACUGAAUGGAAACAUAAAUACACAAGAAGUUGUUAAUGCUCAGCCAAAAAAAAUAGUUAGGAAAAAGUCCAAGCCUGUGUGUGACAACCGAACUGCUGAAGAAUGCCCCAAAACUAUUAAAGUAGCCAGCUCUCGAAAAGAGCUGAAGAAUGUGACCACCUCUGAAGAGGAUUUUAGCAUGGAACACCCUAAAAAUACUAUCGAUUCAAUUGGUCAGAGGAUCAAGUCCUGGCGGAGGCAACAAAAAGAUAUCUUUGAGCAGGAGUUGGCACGCAAAGAGUUGCAUUACAAGAAGCAGUUAGAGGAAAUGGAGAACCAAGAAGCCAGAAUACAUCAACUUAGCAAGGAGGAGGCUAGUCCGGAUGAAACUUUCAUCAGCAAUAGAACCAAUGUGACCAGCGUUGACUAUGAGGCAAAGUUCAAGGAACUGGAAGAGCACAUAUAUCUAUUGAAAUCGGAGAUGGAGGAGCAGGUAAGGCUGUUUGAGAACCGCAGUGGAGAGUUGCGACAGGAGAAUCUUCAGCUUUACACCGAGAAGACGGAAUUAAAAGUCCGCCUUGCGGCCAUGGAGCAGCAGAUUGGUGACCUUAGAGCUCAAGGCUCCGACGAAGGAGAUCUCAAGCAGGUUCUUGGGGAACUAAGAUCCCAGCACUUUCGGUAUAACAAUCUCGCCCGCGAGAAGGAGCUCUACAGGAAGCGGUGGCGAAGAUCCGCUAAGCGAGUGCAUGCCCUCAAGUUGGCCAUGUACGAAAGGAAUUUAGAGAGAGAACAGAACAGCAUUAAAGUCGAACCCAUUGACCUGCGACAGAUCCUGACCAAGGACGCCCUGGAAUUCGAGCGGGAGUACGGACAGUUUCGCGAGAAUGGCGUAUCUCCAAGAUAUCCCUUCGGCUCACUUUCCGGAUCCGGCGACUUUUCACCUCCAAACAAAAAGCGAAUGCCGGCCAAUGAGUUUUAAAGAUACGACACAGAGAAGAUAUUUGCCUAGAUUUUACCAAAUUAACUGUGUGAAUUUUGUAUUUAGUUUACUUUAUUGAGUUUUGUUCGUUUUUUUU